AUGCACCCCUGGGUCUGCCGCAGCCGCCCAGUCUGCGACCGCGCCGCCGCUCGCCCGCGGCGUCGUGGGCACCUCGAGGCCGCCGCCGACUCCGCUGCCGACGUGCGCCCCGGCGCGGCCGGGGGGCGCAACCGAGGGCUCAUCGCCGCCGCGGGCGUGGCCGCCCGCCCGGGCUGCCGGGGCGGCCUCGUCCAGCGCAGCGCACUUCUGGCCGACGGGGUAGCCCUCGUCGAGCGUGCCCUCGUCGGGCAGCCGCGUGCGUUGCCAGCGCUGCUCCUGCAGGCGUCUUUCGACCGUGCCCCGGUGCAGUUCCCGACCUGGGCAGGGAGGUGUUCGACUGAGUCCCGGCGGCUUCCGCCGAUGGCCCGUCGGAGGGGCGCGCCCGACUGA